AUGACCGGCAAUCAAGUCAUACCAGCAGAGUGUCGUGCUGCUGUGGUUGUCAAUGAAGGCCCAAACUUUACCAUGAAGACUCAAAUGGUGAAGACUCCGACCCCAGGCCCUGAUGAAGUUUUGAUCAGACUCAAUGCUACAGGCAUCUGCUACUCAGACGUACAUUACAUGCUAAAUGACACUGGCGGCAAAAAAAUGUCGGAAGGGGGUAUUUACUCCGCAGGCCAUGAAGGGUCGGGUGUGGUUGUCCAGGUCGGCAGAAAUGUGACGACUUUCAAGGUUGGGGACCGUGCCGGGGUAAAACCCAUCUGGAAUACCUGUGGAUCUUGCAAUCUUUGCUGGGGAGGGAAGGAGGUGCAUUGCCAAAAGAAAGUUCUCACUGGGGUGGGCACCACUGGAACCUUCCAGCAUUAUAUUGUCUCCCCCGAACGAUACACCACGGUGAUUCCCAAGGGCAUUCCCGACCACGUUGCCGCCCCCGUUAUGUGCAGCGCAGCCACGGCAUAUCGCUCAAUCAAAGAAUCUAAACUCAGCGUUGGGUCCUGGGCCACCUUUAUUGGUGGAGGUGGUGGUGUUGGGAUCCAAGCUGUGCAGAUUGCAAAAGCGUUUGGUCUGCGACCCAUUGUCGUGGACACUGGAAAUGCGAAGCGUGAUAUAUCAUUGAAGAUGGGUGCAGAGGCUUUCGUGGAUUUCAAGGAAGUAACGGAUCCUGUUGCAGAGGUUGUGCGCCUCACGGGAGGUAUUGGAUCACAUGGUGUAUUUGUUACGGCACCGGCUGCAUAUCCAACGGCUAUCAAUUAUAUUGGAGCGAGAGUAGGAGGAGUUAUCAUGUGCAUUGGACUACCUCCAGCAUCUUCUGAUCACAUCAUGCAUGUCAAUCCCACCAUCAUGAUAUUGAAAAACCUAUCAAUCAGAGGAACUUUGGUGGGUACGAUGGAAGAUACGGAUGCAGUGUUGCAACUUGUUGAGAGGGGUCUCCUCCGAGAGGUUUGUGAGGUAUUACCUUUUGAGAAGCUACCUGAAGGGGUGGAGCGGCUCCGCAGGGGAGAGGUUGCUGGAAAGAUCGUGAUAGAUUAUAACGCUUGA